UUUAAAACGGUACAGCGUUCCCUCUUUCACGAGAACAUAACGCUUCCUUUUACGUAGGAUACUGCUAAAAAAUUAUGAAGUUUUAGGAUAAAAUGGCAUCUGAAGAAACGGAAUUAUCUGUUGGCAUUCAUCAAAAAAGUGACCAGAAAGCUUUUCUCACCGUUGAAACCCAUAUACCAGGAUCUGGGUAUAAAGGUAAACUUAAUAACGAUAGUGAUGACCACAGUCUUCAAGACAUGUCAGAAGGGCCCAAAAAUGAUGGAACUUUGCAUGCUUUAAGUGGCUUGUAUGCUCAAAUUGUUGUGGUAAUUGCAGCAAUAUUGGUCUUCACUGAACUUCUUCACAGACCAGUUCCUUUAUUCUUCUUUGAUAGAUAUGUUUUUAUAUUUUUGAUUGGAGGAGCAAUCCUUUGUUUUAUCUGUGCUUAUGUGACAAUAUUAACGAGCAAAUGCCCAAGAUGGAUCAACAGGAGUUACGGAGAAAAAAGCUACAAUGCCUCCUUUUCGUCACGUUUUGUGAAGAACCUUCUUUUUUCCGACAUUAGCAUCUAUUUGAGAAUAGGAUCUGUAGUUUUUGGUAUUGGAGCUCUCAUAUCCAGCGGUUUAGAAGUAGCAUCAAUACUAACUAUUCCGAACGACUGUAUGGACAAAAUGAAUCUGUUACAGCCUAUUCUGAGGGGGCUUUUCAGCUUUCUGCAAAUGCAUUUUCUCUUCAUGAGCUCCAAAGAGAUGGUAAAUUCUUUCCGUUGGGUGCGUCACACUGCUCUUAUGCAUCUAGUUGCUACUAAUUUAGCCAUAUGGAUACGUGUCAUGCUAUGGGAAAGUACGAAAGACUGGCUGGAUGCUCUCCACUAUAAACACAACUCUAGCGUAGAAUGGGAUCUGGCAAAAUUCAACAUCACUAUGCAUACUUUGGAUUCAGACGAGAAACAUAUAGAUACUGAAAGGCACAAACCUUAUCAUCGCAUACAUGUUACAACUUCCCGACAGUGCAACUGGGCCGAAAAUUUAGAGAAAGAUGACGCAGAAGGGAUUAUCGCAUAUCACAUCUGCAUGCAAAAUUCAACAAUUGGAGCCAUAUGGGAAAAAGCAACUCCGUACUUAUAUCCUCUUACAGUGCAAUAUUCUUUAGUUGCUGCUGCUGUUAUUUACAUAACAUGGACCAACCUGCAUACUCAGCGCAGUAAACUCCAACGUUUCGCUGCUGUUUCUGUCUAUGGGAAAGACCCUAGUAGUAGUAGUAGUAGUGAAGAUGUCAAUUGCAGUGGCUCUACAAGAGGUUUGUUUUUAGGGUUACUGGUACUUGUGGUAGGACUUAUUGGGCUUAUUCUAUUUUUUGUGCUAGCACACGAAACUGACUUUAAUGUUCUGUUUCUGAUAGCCUCCUUAGAAAUCGGCAUUUUCGGUUUGUCCACAUUGGCAGCCAUUAUUGGAUUAUUGCAAAUCAGAAAAAUGAAGAGCAAAACAUCUAGACAAAGAAGACUGCUGGAGUUACUCCAAAGAGUUGGUAUGCUUGCUGUUUACAUUUAUGGUAUCUGCAAUAUAAUCGUGGGUGGAGUUUCAAUGACCUCGUUACAAAAUUUCUUACUGUUUUUACAUGGAACGUUAAUGGUUACUCAAGCGUGUCUACAAUCUCUUUUUAUUUAUCAAAUUUCAAAAAAGAGGCUUAGUCCAUUAAAUUUGGAUGAAAAACCUGGCCGUCAAGUUGUAAUCUUUCUGGUUUUUAUUAAUUUAGUCUUAUGGAUCCUCGAAUCCUUCACUACUCAGAACCAAGUAAGGUAUGAAUUGCAGUUGAAAUUCUUCGGUUACAUAGCUUGGCCAGUCAUUACCCGCAUAUUUCUGCCAUUGGUUAUUUUGUAUCGAUUUCAUUCAGCAGUGGCUUUGAUGGAAGCUUGGCGAAAAUCAUAUAAAAUAAAGCAAAACUGAAGGUAGAACAUUAGUAACAUGUAUGAUCAAUCAUUGAAUAGUAAGUGUAUUUUUUGUGUAAGUUUUGAUGUACAUCUGUUGCUUUUUAUGUAUAAAUUGCAUUAAAAUUUUAAUAUUUUUACACACUCAUUAUGAUAAAAUAAAUGUUUAUUUUCAUUUUAAGAA